AAGAAGAAGUUUAUUUUUGAGAAUUAUUAUUAGUUAAAAUUUAUUUAAAUAAUACGAUUGGGAACAUGAAGUAUAAAUUUAUUAAUACUAUCAGAAUAUCGGUUACAAAUAGUACUUCUGUCACCCAUUUCAAAAUAUUUAUUUCAAUACAACAAAUAAUGGUCGAUUUAUUAAAGAAAAUGAACGUCGAGAAACGGACGGAUGUGCACAUAUAAACGGCUACUAAUUAUAAAUUUCAUUUACAUAUUUUCAGGUACCACAACUACAAAAAGUACAAUGCGUGAGAAAUGACUAGUGCAAUAACUUACAAUUUUUUUUCUAACAAUCUUUUACAAACACUCUACUUCUAUCAAACAUUUGCACUCCUGCGUCUAUUUUUUUUAAAUCUUUUUCGAUUUCGGUGCGUUUCUGUUGCACUCGUAGCGUGUCCUUCGUGAAGGGCAGCGAAUUAAGCUCUUGAAUUUUAUUGUAAUACUUUUUCUUGAGGUUCGCUAACGUGUCUAAUCGUUCGCUUUCUGGUAUUAAUCUAUAUCCGCGUGGACAAUUCGCGUUAAAAUUUUCACAAUUAUCACUCCUUUUUUGAGUUGUGUCUGGCUUUUUGAUCGAUAUAUUGUUACUGCUACUUUUGUUAUCGCCUAUUUUCGUAGUUCUCAUGCUAGAAUCAGAUGUCUCCUCUUUAUCACUAGCAUUAGCAUUGACGUGCAAAACUUGAAUGCCCUCUUCGAUCGAAUUGACUGAAUCUGGAGUUUUCACGCUCCCCAAACGUUCCGAAUUGGUUUCCAAAGUUUGCACUGACCUCUCUGAGAAAGUCUGGCUCGAAGUAGUCUGCUUAGAAGUAGAAGUGUCAGGUUUAACGAUAUUAUCGUUAAUUUUAAUAUCCUUAACGAUAUUGCUGUGUUUGUUUGCUUGGACAUUGUGACUGCUCCUCCGCUUACGGGGAGCCACUGGUCUCCUGCUAUUUCUCUCCAUUUUGGUUAAAUCGUUCGAAGUAGCGGAUCUUCUCAUGGUGCCUGGCCCUUUGAUCAAGCACUGCAAAUGACAUACAGAAUUAACGUUUUCUUUAACGAAAUUUCUCGUACACGUCGAUUUCGGUUCACAAAACAUUCCACCAAGCGUUUUAAUGGGCAUUGCUAGCGCUUUGUGAAUUGAAUUUUAUUAUUCGCACUGCGUAAUUCCGUUUAGACCCCGAAAUGAGAUAUAAUUGGUAUUUUAACGAUUGAUUUUAGUACAAAAAUUUUUGUUUAAUUUUUAAAGCCAAGAUCAAUUUUCGUUAUGUCAUGUGUCAAAUGUGUCAAUGUCUUUAACAAAACAGGCAACUUGCGAUUAAAAGAGACACAAGCAAACAUUUUUGUUUUUAGAAACCAGUAAACAAUAAUAUAGACUGUUAAAUGUUCAUAAUGUGCAAUUGAAAUAAUUUACAUGCUCUGUUUCGAUUCUUUUUUCGAUAAUUUGACCAUCGCUUACGAAAAUAAACAAAAGACAAGUUGUUUGACGUUUGUUAGUUGUCAAGUCGAUUCAAAUGGUUGUCAAAGUUUGUUUAUUUUUGGCCAUUAUUGUUUGUUUAUGUCUAUUACAGGAAAAUAUGAGUUCUGCAGAACAGAAAGUCGUGUCAGUUGAUUUCGAAGUAUUCGGCAGAGUACAAGGGGUAUUUUUUCGAAAGAAUACGGAAAAAGAAGCGAAAACUUUAGGUCUUAAAGGAUGGUGUAUGAAUACCUCACAUAAUACUGUUAAGGGAGUGAUAGAAGGUGCUCCUGAACCAAUAAAAAAAAUGAAACACUGGUUACAAGAAGUAGGAAGCCCCUCUUCGAGAAUAGACAAAGCAGUUUUUACAAAUGAACAAACUGGAAAUAAACAUAAAUUUUCCUCUUUUCAGAUUAAAAAGUGAAUAAACAUCAAAUGAUUCUGUACUACACAUACAAAAUUGAAAGUAUUAUUGAUUAUUUAAUUUUUUUUGUUCAAUAAAUUAUUUUAAUUUAA